AUGAAACGUUCGUUUUUAUUUGUUGUCUUAUUUUGUAUAUUUUGUAUAAAAAACGGUAAUUUAAAACAAGACUAUUUUACAGGGUUCUUAAUCCGCACAACACUAAAUUCAGCUUUGGAUUAUCUAAAAAGAAUCGGUUAUAUUGAAAUCAUUCGAGAAAUUUCAUUAACGACGCCCACUAUUUUGAAUGACGUAAUAAUGGAGAAGUUUCAGUUGAAAAAUUUAUCUUUAUACGGAUUAUCGACGUUAAAUUAUAGAGAUACAGUUGUUGUAGAUGACUUACUGGAUAAUAAUGUCACAGUAAAAACAAUUAUUUUGAAGUUAAAUGCAUCUUUAGAUACGUUGGGUGUCGGUGCUGACUACGAUGUCAGUAUGAAAUUUUUGUCUAUUUUACCUUUACGUAUCAAAAGCAGAAUUAGGUUCGGUUCACUUCUAAUUGUUUAUAAUAUUUAA